CUCCAACGUCACGAGGACAUGACUUCCUGUCCGCUCGUGUUGCUUCAGUAAAAUGGCAGCUACGGCUUUAGUCGAAGGUUCUUCUGGUAAAGAUGCUGUUGCCGAGGGUUUGCUCGACCUUCUGAGACCAGCAAUACAGCAGCUGGAUUUGCAUGUACACUCGGUCAGGAAAAGCCAGGUAGAAUUAAGAGAACACAUAGACAGUCUGGCUACAGAGUUAUGUAGGAUAAAUGAACAUCAAAAGGUGGCUCUGGACCUGGACCCAUAUGUAAAGAAGCUGCUGAAUGCCAGGCGUAGAGUUGUGCUAGUAAACAACAUACUGCAGAAUGCUCAGGAACGUCUGAGGCGGCUCAACCACAAUGUAGCCAAGGAGACAGCGCGAAGGAAGACAAUGCUGGAGACAUCGGGCGUGUUCACUUCCCGCUCGCCCAGUAAACCUUGAGCCUCCUUCUGCUCCACACAGCAAAUACUGUGAGCUAAGCUGACCAGCAGGAAAGAACCAGUGAUUAUGGGGGGGAAAAAACACCAGGAGGGCUGUCUUCCUUUGACAUUCGCUUAUCUGUAUGUUUAACGACUGCACUGCUUUUGUCACAGUGAAAUUCCGAGCUGCUACACUAUCUGUUUACCAUUUGGUAGCUUCAAACGUAUUACUGUCUUAGACUACAGUGCAGAAUAUUUAUGUUCAAAUACACUCAGUAAAUGGAUACAAUAUAUGGACAAAAGCAUAGGGCCACACCUCUCAAUCUUUUAAUUGAGGUGUUUCCAGUCCUAUUACCACAGGUAUGUAAAAUCAAGCACUAGCUAUGCAGUCUGCCUUUAGAAACAUUGGUGAAAGGGUGGGUAAUUCUAAAGAGCUUGCUGAAUUCCAGCGUUGCCACUGUUGUAACAAGUUAGUUUGUGUAAUUUCACUCCUAGAUAUUCCACGAUCAAAUGUAAGUAAUUUGGAGGGGUUUCUGAGGAGCUCCUCUAAGUGUAAUGUGUAGGUGGCCCAGAACUUUUCUCCAUAUAGUGUACGAUAAAUACUUGUACCCAUAACCACAACAUGCAAGAGAGAAGAAGACACCUGGCCUGUAUGAUCUUGUGCACUGUUCCUUGUGUUGCUGCUGGAGGCACUGGCAGCAGGGGAGAGCCUUUCCUUCAGGACCUUCUUCCACUCACAGAAACACAUGACUAAUGUUGUUGAACAGGUGUAUUUUAUCCCAAACACAUUCCUAAAAUCACCCAUUUCUGUUGAAUAAAACCUGACCGAGCUACAAUUAAACAUAACGUAAGUGAAUGAACCUUUUUGCCAGAAAAGCCCCAAAGGCAAACUGCUAUAUUGUCACCAUGUGUUGUGCUCUCUGACCUUGGCGAGCAGAUGUGAUCUGAAUAACUUUGUUUAGCUUCCUCUCAUUUGUGCUGCCACUAAAAAGCACAACACUUCAGUGUUCCCUCCUAAUUUUGUGACUCUUUAAUGGAAUACCCAAGUUUUACCCUGAGGCCACUGCACUAAGUUUUAAGGCAGGUGAGGUUUGUUAGGGGGGGUAUUUAAAAGGACUGUUGUGUUUGAAACUUGUUUAUGUCUGGAAACUAAAUUCUCUGUACAUGCUGAAUUAUAUGCUCACCUGUAGACAAACAGCUAAUCUCAUUAAACGCUUUAAGAUACUCAAA